AUGGGCCUCCUUAGCACGGUUUCCAGCUGGGCGACCCUGCCAGUUCAUGGCGGAGUGAUCUGCCUCUACUUCAUCAUCGACCGAUUGGUCACAUACUUCAAGUUCAGGCACAUCCCGGGGCCAUGGUGGACAGGUCUCAGUAGCUCUCCUCAUAGCAAGCACAUCAUGGGCCCGAGGGUUCAUGAGUGGUAUGCUGAGCUGAGCGAGAAAUACGGCCCAAUCGUCCGCAUCGCCCCAGGCAUCCUCGUCACAUCCUCCCCCGACCUCUGGACGCACGUCAACAAGAACCCAGCCUACAAGCGCACCGACUGGUACUACCACGCCUGCCGCGUAGAAUACCGCCGCGACAACAUCUUCACGCAGACAGACAACGCGAAGCACGAUGCUCGCAGGAAGCAAAUGGCUCCAGGCGUACACCCCUUCCCCCCUUUCCCCCUCUCAGCUUCAACCACUGACAAAACACAGUACUCCGGCCGCGAGAACCUCGACCUCGAACCCACCAUCGACGCCCGCCUCAACGACCUGCUCACCCUCAUCCGCACGAAGUACCUCUCCACCGAAUCCCGCAUCGUCCCCAUGGACCUCGCCCAGAAAGUACAAUACUUCACCCUCGACGUCAUCUCAGGCGUCGGCCUCGGCAAGACCUUCGGCAUGCUCACCGCCGACGCCGACGUCGACGGCUACCUCCAGUCCGCCGAGCAGGGCCUCACCGCCGCCAGCUUCGCCCUCGCCUUCGGGCUCAGCUGGCUCGCGCAAGCCCCCGUAAUCGGCCGCUUCCUUGCGCCCUCGCCCACAGACGACAACGGCUUCGGGCGCAUGAUCGCGGCGUGCUACCGCGACGUGGACGCGCGCGCGGCGCGGGAGACGGAUAAGCGGUCGGACAUGCUGGCGUCGUUUAUCCGGCACGGGCUGAGCGGGGACGAGUUGAGGAGCGAGGCGUUGGAGCAGAUUAUUGCCGGGUCGGAUACGACGGCGGCGGCGAUCCGCGGGACGUUGUUGUUGAUUAUGACGAAUGCGAGGGUGUAUGCGAAGUUGCAGCGGGAGAUUGACGAUGCGGUAAGGGAUGGGAUCGCGCCGGCGAAGGGGGAGGGGCUGGUUUCGUUGGAGCAGACGAGGCGGUUGCCGUAUCUGCAGGCUGUGAUUCGAGAGGCGCUGAGGGUGAAGACGCCGGUGGUGAAUAUCUUUGGGAGAGACGUGCCGGCUGGGGGUGAUACGGUCAAUGUAGGAGGGGAGAGCGUGUACCUGCCGGGCGGAGCCUGUGUCGGGUACUCUGCGUAUGCGAUGCACCACAGCAAGGAGACGUACGGGGAGGACACGAAGACGUUCCGGCCGGAGAGAUGGUUUGAAGAGGAUGAGGAGAAGCUGGCUGCUAUGAAGAGCGUCAACGAUCUGGUGUUUGGGUACGGGAAGUUCCUGUGCCUGGGCAAACCUGUGGCUCAAAUUGAGCUUGCAAAGACGAUAUUUGAGGCGAGUCUACUCGAGUGGAUUGACGGGCGCUUGAUUGACUUCGCGACACAGCUAUUUCGCAACUUUGAGCUGGCUCCAAUGGAUCCGGCGCGUCCUUGGAAGGCGUACAAUGCGAUGGGUCUGUUCUUCAUCAGCGAUAUGUGGGUUCAGGUAAUGGAGAGGAAGUAA